CACUGCGGAAUAACUGUGCUGUGUGCUCUGUUCGUGUGAGGUUGAGGGACUGUGAUAGGAGGAAACGGUUUUCUAUGUUUUGUUUAUGUGUGUAGUUUCAUGAUCGUAUUUGUAUGAGUAUAAGUGACAGCAUUGAUUCCGAUUUUAAUGGAAGUUGCUCUGAUGAAUGUGUUGCCACGGAAACCUCCCUGAAACAGUCUCCAACGAUGGUUAUUAAUGUUGACGAGGAUUCUGCAAAUAGAUGUGAUGCAUUGAAACCUAUGUGUCCCUUAGUCGAUUUAACAGACGCAAGUGAUCGAUCCAGCUGCUCAAGUAGUAAUCUGAAGGGAGAUGCCGUGAGAAAAAAAGAACCCAUAUUCAGUAUAAGGUUUAGGGAUCAAGGGACGGCAAGGAAAUACCAGAAGAAAAUUAAGGACUUUUUGAAAGAUCUUAUUUCAAAGCAACUAACAGAUUCGGAAGAUGGUGGCUCAUCGGACUUAGAGUUAGAUAUUUGGGAAGAAUCACUUGAAGAAGCAGAUGAUGAUGACCAACUCGAUGUGUCACAUCUCUUUAUGGUUGAUACUCAUCCAUCCAUGAAGGAUGACUUAGACAUUCCUGCAUAUAAUCAGAAAUUUAACGAAGUUCUUCAGAAACAAGAAGAAAAGUCAGAUGAGAAGAAUACACCAAAUGCAUCAGUGCAAACAUGUUUCAACUGUCUGGGGAAUCACUGUUUGAGAGACUGUCCAGAACCUCGUCGCCCUGCUACAAUUGCAAGAAAUAGGAGAGAUUUCAUGAACAAACAUGGUAACACUCCAAAAGUCAGCCGUUAUCAUAUGGAUGAAGAGCAAAGGUUUUCCCGUUUCCGACCAGGAGAAAUAAGUCGCAGUUUGCGGAAAGCAUUAGGUUUAUCAAAACAUCAGCUCCCUCGUCAUAUAUAUCGUAUGAGGCGACUGGGCUAUCCACCAGGGUGGAUGGAAGAGGCAAGGAUAUCACAUUCCGGGAUUUCAUUAUUUGAUUCAGAAGGACAAGAAGUUGCUGAUCCUGAAGAUGAGGAUGGAGAAAUUGUUCCUAAGGGAUCAAAAGAUACAUAUGACAUGAAAAAAAUCAUCAGUUAUCCUGGUUUCAAUGUACCCUGCAGUCCAGAUAUUAUUGAUGAGUUCGAGCAUUAUAAUUCUCCACCGAUGGCAUUCCAUCAAAGUAAGGAAGCUAUGCUGUCACAGUUGCAGGCAAGUCCUGCGUACAAAAAGAGAAAGCUGAAAAUCACACCUGUGGCAACAGAGCCAAAGGAAGUUACUGUAACUCCAGCAGACAUGGAAGUGGAAGAAGUUGCACAAUGUGUGAGCUUGCUGCCAGAUGAUGGUUGCCGAUUCAUUCCACCUCUGCCCAAGGAUACACCUCCUCCACCCCCGCCCCCACCACCACCACCACCACCUCCUCCUUCAGAGAGUGAUUCAGAAGGAGGAGAGACACGUAGCCAGGAAACCUGUUCACCUGUUUCUACAGGCCAUAGCAGUAUUUCAUCACCCAGGCCACAGUCACCAUCAUUGUCUGACUUGGAAGCAAAGAAACAGUCGCUUCUGGCAGAGCUGGAGGAUGGAAGCUCUGGAGAAACUGUUCGGGUAGCUGCAACACCCACACUUGGAAAAAUAAAGUCUGUUGCACUUGGUACACCAGUUUUAUUGGGGAGGUCUCCUUACUCUAGACUUCCCUCUCCAAAGAAAUUCUCUCACAACAUCUGUGAUGUUAUAAAUUUUGAAAAUCUUCCCGAUUCAACAGGAAAGUAUGAGAAGAUGACUGAUAUAAUACAGAAAGUACGGACAGCUGUUUCACGCAUACAGAGUGAUACAGCUACAUGACAGGCACAGGUGGAGUAUAGUAAUUUUUUACACCAAUAUACAACUAAAAAUAUGUGCUACCAUUUUUAAAUUUAAUGUCCAAGAUCAAAGAAGAAAGUACAUGUAAGAUGCAUUAUUCAGCAAAAUGACAGCUAUGUGGAAGACCACAGAAAAAAAUUCAAAUUCUUGUGACAUUCCUUCUUCAAGAGAUAGAUAAAAGAAGCAGGGAAUAAAAAUGUGUGUAAGGGGAGCUUGAGAAAUGUUCAAUGAUCACAGAGGAGACUAUAAUAAUUGAGAUUAAUACUAAGGAAUAAAUAAUAUUUGACUGUUAAAGAACAUAACUUCUCUAGAUGUCAGCUACCUUUCUCCUAAAUUUGUUAACUUCUGUGCCUUGGGGAGUUCUGUCAUCUGUGUUCUAGACUUCAUGUUCAGUUUUAUGAGUAACUGGCCAUCAAUAUAUUCUCCAUGUUUGGACUUGUUAUCUCACAUGGCCUUUUUGUACAUUUAGUCCAGUUUGAGGAUUUAAUUUUUAAUUUUAUUGUUUAAAUUAGAAAAAGAUUAUUUUCUAUUUAUGUAAGAUAAAUCAAAUUAUUAAUUUUUGGUAACAAUUUUAAUAUGAAAUAUUUUGGGGAAAAUAUCAACAAGAGAAGCUAUGUACAUAAAGUGAAACUGUUCAAUAAAUGUUUAUUUACCAUAA